AUGGCACAGUUAGUCCAGCUCCAGACUCAGGGUGUCUUAGGCACCGGGGACGCGGAGAAGACCGAAGAAGACUGCAAAGAAGUGACUAUGGAUGCACACCAGACAUUCCUGUGUGGUCCUGGGAAACCCCAGGAAGGCCGGGGAUCACAGCUGGUACCGUCUGCACUGCCCCAGGGAAGCCUUCCUGGCAGGCAUGGACGGGACUCGGAAAUGUGGCACGUAGCCUUCAGAGCCUUCACCAGCUCGAAGGACUCAGACCCGGUCCAGGAUCUGCGGAAACUCUCUGAGCUCUGCCGUCUGUGGCUGAGGCCAGACCUGCACACCCUGGAACAGAUUCUGGACAAGCUGGUGUUGGAGCAGUUCAUGAUCUCCAUGCCCCUGGAGCUCCAGGUCUUGGUCAAGGAUCACAAUGUACAUAGUUGCAAAGACUUGGAGGACAUCCUGAAAAGUCAGGAGAAACCUAAGACAUGGACUAUAGUCAGCAUUGAAGGACAGAAGUUUCUGGUGCACAAUUCAGUCCAGAUGGCUGGAGUGAAAGUGGGUGAUGAGGACCCUGUGAUGGGCUUGUCUAUGAAGUCCCGGUCCUUCGUGUGUGAGGAGGAGGUACAUGGCGAGAACAGCCGGGAGGUCAGCCAGGAGCCAGAGAAUCAGUCAGAAAUCAAGGACAUGUCAAGGGAGCAGGGACAGACAGCUCUUCUGCCAGAGACCAUCCCCGAGGAAGGCGACCUGGAGGGAGUGAGACUCACGAGGAUGCUGGAGGAGGACCCGAUGGAAGAUCAGGAAGAGAUGACGCUGCUUGCACUUCCAGAGCCUCAGCUCCAGAGGGGUCCUGAAGUUUCUGUGGGGAUGGAGAGUGAGGAGAACCUGCCAGAAGGGACUGGCCCUGAAAAUGUAAAUUCCAUCCACGAUUGGGAGACGGACAUUUUGCCUCAGCAUCGGAAAAGAAAAGAUCCUCAGGCUGCAAGAGGUCCCCUCAGAAGAAAAUUUCUUUAUGCCUCCAUGCCCCAAGAUGUUCCAGAAAAAGGAGCCAUGUGGCUGGAUGAAGGAGAACUCUCCAGACAGCUCAGGACUCAUUCAGGUCAGGCACGAAGCAUCUCGGGAGACACUGUCAGAAAAGGAGCCAGACGACGCACUCUGUCCAAAUGUGCAGAUGGCAAGAAAACAUUUAUGUGUGAAUCACAACUAAUGAUUCAGCGAAGGUCACACACUGGAGAGAGGCCCUUCGAGUGCCAGGUUUCUACCAAGAGGUUCACACAACCUUUGGAUCUGGGAGUUUACCAGCAAGUCCACACAGGUGAGAAGCCCUACAGCUGUCAGAUCUGUGGGAAAUGCUUUGCCCGUGAAUCCACGCUGCGAGGCCACCGGAAGGUCCACACGGGGGAGAAGCUGUAUUAG